CCCCUAACCUCUUCCUGACUCUCAAACAAAUAUGGCGACGCGCGGUUCCACCGUGGCGCUGCUCGCGGUCCUUGCUGUCGUUUUUGCGGGUUUACCUUCGUAUUUUGUGACAGACUCCGGUUUAACCUGUCCGGGUGUUUGUCUGGCUGUUGUUGCCGGGAUCCUGUUAACGUGUUUGCGGAGGCUGCGGCAGCGGGACGGCGGUUCGGACCGGCGGGUGUGCGUGCUGGUGUUGGGGGACAUCGGACGCAGUCCUCGGAUGCAGUAUCACGCCUUGUCCCUCAGCAAACACGGAUACCAGGUCACCUUUGUGGGGUUUUUAGACUCCAAGCCUCAUCAGGACGUGUUGAGUGAGGAGAAGAUCCGGAUAGUUGCCAUCUCUGAGGUGAAAGGCGUUCAAGCUGGACCCAAACUCCUGACAUACGUAACGAAGACGAUCGUUCAGUCUGCGCAGAUUCUUCACGUUCUGCUGUCGAUGGAGCUGCAGGCCCACAUCCUGAUGCAGAAUCCUCCUGGGCUGCCCGGGGUUGCAGUGGCGUGGGUCGUGUGCGUCCUGCGCGGCAGCACAUUCAUUAUCGACUGGCACAACUACGGCUACACCAUCAUGGCUCUGAGCCUCGGAGCGUCGCAUCCUGUGGUCCGACUCGCUAAGUGGUACGAGCACCUUUUUGGUCCUCUGGCCUCUCACAGUCUGUGUGUGACGAACGCCAUGAAGGGGGACUUGCUGAAAAACUGGGGGAUCAAGGCGACCACUCUGUACGACCGACCGGCCUCCAUCUUCAGAGAGACUCCUCUGGAUCUGCAGCACGAGCUCUUCGUCAGACUGGCCGAGUCUCACCCGCAGUUCAGAGCCACAGGGUCUGACUUGAAGGAAAUGGAGGCAGAGACGACUGUAUUCACCGUCCGUAACCUGGGCAACGGCGACGUGACUCUGAGGUUGGAUCGACCGGCUCUGCUGAUCAGCAGCACCAGCUGGACAGAGGAUGAAGAUUUCUCCAUCCUGCUGAAAGCUCUGGAAGAGUAUGAAGACUUCAUCAGAGGAGGAGCGUCGUUACCGUCCUUGGUCUGCGUGAUCACAGGGAAAGGUCCACAGAAGGAACACUACAAGAAGCUCAUCAGCUCUUUGAAUUUAGAGCACGUGAAGAUCUGCACGCCGUGGCUGGAGGCUGAAGACUACCCGCUCUUGUUGGGUUCAGCAGACCUGGGAGUUUGUCUCCACAAGUCAUCCAGCGGUUUGGACCUGCCCAUGAAGGUGGUGGACAUGUUUGGCUGCUGUCUUCCCGUCUGCGCCAUCCAAUUUGACUGCUUACAGGAGCUGGUGAAGCACGAAGAGAACGGCCUGAUCUUCAGAGACUCUGCAGAGCUCGCAGAGCAGCUGAAGUCCCUCCUCUCAGAGUUUCCCAGUUCAGACGGCAGAUUGGGAACUUUCAGGAGCAACCUGCGUGCCAGCAGGGGGCAGCGCUGGGAGGAUAACUGGGACCAGAACGUCCUGCCUUUGUUGGCAGCUCACAGAUGAAGAUGAGCUCUCAGCCUUCCUGGACUCCGAGAGAAGAAGAAAGACUUCUUUACAUUCUUUCAUAUGAUGUAGAUGUGUAAAUAAAACCUUUAUUCUGCUA